ACGGCGUGUCGUAUCUAAUCAUGGCCAAAGGCCCUCGGCUGAGGUAGAGUAUCACCGCCUCUGACUGUCGCAGUAGAUGCAGUGGCUCCGACGAGCGAGGUUUCGAGAAAAAAUGGUCGCCGGCCGCGUCACCAAGGUGGACGUUCACGAUGUGCGCUUUCCGACGUCGCUUGGCUGUCACGGUUCUGACGCGAUGCACACGGAUCCUGACUAUUCCUGCGCCUACGUCGUGAUUAGCACCGAUACUGAUUUCCAAGGCCAUGGCUUGACUUUCACUAUUGGACGGGGUACCGAAAUAGUGGUCGCCGCAGUCCGGGCUCUGGCUCCACUCGUGGAAGACGUUUCGCUGGAGUCCAUAUACACGAACUUCGGGCAGUUCUGGCGCAAACUGACCAGCGACAGCCAGCUGCGAUGGAUCGGGCCAGAGAAGGGUGUCAUUCAUCUAGCCACAGCAGGAGUCAUCAACGCCCUGUGGGACUUGUGGGGGAAAAUUGAGGGCAAGCCGGUGUGGAAGCUACUCGCGGACAUGAGUCCACAGGAAAUAGUGUCCCUCAUUGAUUUCCGAUACAUUUCUGACCUGCUGACCAAAGAAGAGGCCAUUGGUCUACUUGAAGAAAAGCAACAAGGCAAGGUUAAAAGAGAGAAAGAAAUGCUGGCAAGUGGCUUUCCAGCCUACACAACUGCCUGUGGGUGGCUUGGCUACACAGACGAAAAGAUUAAACAGCUGUGUCAAGACGCCCUUAAGGAGGGAUUCACGAGCUUCAAGGUGAAAGUUGGCCGAAACCUCGCUGAUGACAAGAGGCGCCUGCAAGUUGUCCGCUCAACAAUCGGUGAAAAAUGCAAGCUGAUGGUAGAUGCCAACCAGUAUUGGGAUGUCAAGGAAGCCAUCUACUGGAUGAAGGAACUAUCUGGCUUCGGAAUUCACUGGAUUGAGGAGCCGACAUCACCAGACGACAUCCUUGGUCAUGCCACAAUCUCAAAGGCUCUAGCCCCGCUGGGCAUUGGAGUGGCCACGGGUGAGCAGUGCCAGAACCGGGUGAUGUUCAAGCAGUUCCUGCAGUCCGGGGCCAUGCAGUUCUGCCAAAUUGACAGCUGCCGACUGGGAGGUGUCAACGAGAUUCUUGCUGUCAUUCUGAUGGCAGCUAAAUGCAAAGUGCCAGUUUGCCCCCACGCUGGUGGCGUGGGCCUCUGCGAGCUAGUCCAACACCUGUCAUUCUGGGACUACAUUGCUGUCUCGGGAACCAAGGACAACCGUGAAAUUGAAUACGUAAGUCACCUGCACGAGCACUUCAAGAGCCCGGUUCUCAUUCAAAAUGGCUGCUACAUGCCACCACAGGCACCGGGCUAUGGUUGUGAGAUGUGGGAAUCAUCCAUCGAGCAGUACAGCUAUCCAAAUGGAUCCUACUGGAGAAAUUUCCCGAGGGCUCGCUAAAAGCUUGAAGGUUGUCCACAGAUAAUAAACAACACUCCAGAGGCCUGGACUGAAUAAAA